AUGUUGUACAGCACAGGCUCACGCGACUUUCAGGCCCUCCUUCAAGAAAGCGUGAUGGGCGAGUCUGUGCAACGCUCAAUAUCUCAGCUUCAUCAUCUUCCUCGGGUACAUCACACAGAAGCCACUAUGGCUCCCAUUGUCAUUGCUGGCCGUCGAUGCAUUGCCAUCCUCGCCAUCGUACAGUCGUUACUGGAGGUUGCUGCUGCAUCUGGCCUCGCAACAGUCACACCCUGCCCUGAUUGUGGUCCUUCGAUCGCGCCAAGACCGAUCUCUGUCACAGCUCAAUAUCAGACAGUGUCCACAUGCGUGCCAUCUACCACCACGGUCACCUUCCCAAAGACGAAGCACCAUACCACAACAUUGGAGUCGGCCGUAAAGACGAUUCCUUCAUGCACUUCAUACGCGUGGGUGUCUACCGAGAUUCCCUGGUACAUGAAUGGUACCGCGACUUCGACUCUGGUCACAACUACGAAUCAACCCGUCACGUUCAACAGUCUUCAUUACACGGAAACGCACACCACGACCAUUACUCUACCAAGUUAUGACCACGGGAACCGCACCAAUCAUACAUCCACACUCAAGGUGUCAGAGACAACUAUCGACAUCAAGGAUUUCUGCGACUACAAAUCCAUCGGACCGAUUGGGAUUCCAGGCUACGGUGGAAGUGGACUUUGCAAGGACUGUGGGCCGGAUAGCAAGCGUGCUUUGACCCAGCGCUUCACGGUCAUUUCUUGUGCCAAUAGACACUGUACAACCUUCAACGAGACCCGAAUUGCGUCGCCGACUACUUACACGAGGAAUGGACGUCCACAUGUGACAACAACAACGCACACUUACUGCCCGACUGCCACUCCAGCUAGUGCCAUUCCUCGAGAAUCAGCGGCUGCAUCCACGGCGGUGGCAAGCACAACUACAACGGCAACUCAACCCACUGGAUACGAUUCCAAGAGCGCAGCAGGGCCGACCACAUCACCGACCGCAACACCGAGUGUUGGAUCUGAGCCAGACGAAGACGAGCUCUGGCCUUCAGCCGGGCCUUCAGAAUACGAGCCUACAACCACAGCUGAUGAGACUGAGCCCACGUACGGCGGUGGAGAGGGAUCGGCCGAUCCUUCAGCAGAUUUGGAGCAUGACGAGCCUGCGCCCACGCCAUACCAGCCCCCAGCACGUUCGUACAAGGCCUUCAAGCGACAAGGGUUAGAAAAACCCAAAGGCCGCCUCGUGAAGCUUGGCAUGCUGUACAGGUCAAGGCGAUGUUCUGACCACAAGGAAAUUUCGUAUUUGAGCAUUGGUGUAGCCAUUGGGCGACACAUGAUGAACGCAGGCAUUCACGGCAGAAACUUUAGAAUUUGA